AUUUUACUACACUUAUUUAGCCCAGGAAUCCAGAGGAACAAUUCUACUGGUCUACUACUUGUGAACUCAAGUGUUUACCCCGGCUAGUCCGCACUCCGAAAAAUCCUUCAAGAAUGAGAACCAAAUCUGUAGUUGCAGCCGGUUUCUUCCUGCUGUUGAUCCUUACAACGUCUCGUGGCUUCCAGUCCGACGAGCUUCUCAUCGACGAUGAAGAGUUUGGUGUCGAAGGUGGAAUCCGAUCCCGAUCCCGUUCCGAUCCCAACAACGUCAACGCAGCAACACCUCAGUCGACCCGGAAGAGGUCGGUCUCUGAUUCAGAUUCAAAGAUCCAGUUCCCUCUGGAACAUGCCUUUGGUGACUCCAACUUCUUCCCUGCCGGCACCUUUACUGCUCGCCUCAAAUCUUCUUCUCAUGGUUCCCAGAUGCAAACGCUGACAAAGCUUCGCUUCUCCAGAAAUGCUUUUAAUGGAACAGAGAAGGAGGAUUUCGAAAAACUCUUGAAAGGUGAUGACUUUUACAGAAUAAGAGUACCAUCCAACGUAUUGAACCUUCCUGGCAGAGAAUACGUUGUUUCCUCAGUGAAAGCAAGGUGUCUUCCACGGGAUGGUUUGGAGGAGCACUUUGUCAUGCAUAUGGACGGUGUGAAUAUUCUGGCUGUUAAUUAUGGUUCCCCUGGUGCAUGCCAGUACCCUCGUCAAUUGAAGUUUCCUGCAAAAUGGUCCUUUAACUCGCAUACAGUCCUAAAAUCUACUGAGCAGGCACCCAGAACACCUAUAUUUUCAGAAGCUGUUGUUGGAGAGAAUGCAGAGGGCGACGAAGUGCAGCCUCCAGAGAGAUCUUUCUGGGCUAAAUAUUGGAUGUAUUUGAUCCCUCUUGGACUCAUUGUUAUGAAUGCUAUGACCCAAGCUAUGAACUUGGCUGAAGAACAGACUAGUGGACAAGCAGGGGCUCAAGGACAACAGGCAAUUGGUGCUCAACGUGCACAAAAUACUGUGGUACGAAGAAGAUGAUAGUUGAGUAAGUUGGAAGUUUGUGCAAGUACUUCUGUGGUUUCUCUUCAUUAUCGAUUUAUACUUCCGUAGAAUCUGAACCCAGGCCCCGUCAAUUUCCUGGUUGCCUUCUUCCAGAGAAUGUGGCCUCACACAUUUUAAUUAUAAAUUGUAUUAGCCCUUCUUAGGUGUCUAAAAAUAAUGUUUAAGUAGUUUUGAUUAUAUUUAAAUUACAGCAACAUGUUAAUCUUGAAGUAUUUUUUCAAUUUUGUUCGUUGUUUGAGUUUUCUUCUAGUGUCUUUUAUGUAACGACUAGUUGUCUCAACAAGCUUUGAGUUCCAAAAAUUGAAUUUUACUUUGAAAUGGACAGAUGCAAAAAGAAAAGCACAGUGAUUGGUCAUCUGAAACAUUGACCAACUUUCGUGGGUGCAGUGUGCACUUGUACUUUCUUCUUGUACGAGACAGCACAUAUGUCUUAAUUGUCUUUGAUGCUUCAAUUUCUGUUUAUUUCAUCUCUCUGGAAAGAUAACAUAUCUUUAUAGGUCGUUUGAACUCUUCUAGUAUCUGUUUUUAGAGUUAUAAUGGUGCAGGGUCAUGUCUGUUUUGAUUUCCCUUUUGAGAAAGGAUUGAUGAUUGCAAUUAGAAAGAUAGGGAGGGCAUGGGGUCUGUACUGUUUUAUCUUCGUGUAUGGUGUAAGGCCUGAGCUUAUGCAUUCUGCUAGUGAAGCUUUGGUUGAAACAAAAAGAGGGUUUUGCGUUGAAAACAUUAUCCUUGUGCAAAUGCAGAUGAUGCUUCCUCCUCCUGUCGAAGACCCAUCUUUUCUUAGAAGAGAAAUCCUCUCAAAUUCCGUUCUUGGUAGGAGUUAAUCAUCAUUUGCAUUCUACAAUUGGUGCUUUAUUAGAAGCAAAUAGUUGAUUCUGGCAUUCACUUUUUUUUUUUAUAGUUAUUCCUGCACACACACAGGUAUACGUGAUCGAUAAGCAAUAAGUAGAGGUUUGGACUUAUGAUUAUUAUUAUCUAUUAACUAAAUUAAGCUAUUACAAAUUA